AUGGACGAAGGAUUAAGAUUAUGUGACGAGCACAUAUUUCAAUGUUCGAUUUGUUGUAAUGAUAUCGAAGAAAGAACAGUGAUUUUCCAGAUAGAAUCAUGCCAUUGCCAAUUUUGCACAGAGUGCGUACGCCAGUAUUGUAUUAGUCAAAUAAAUAUACCAUUAGUACUAAUCAGAUGUCCAAAUACAGAAUGUCAUAGUUCACUAUCUUCAAAUGAAAUUCGUGCUGUUCUUACUGAUUCACAAUUUCAACUUUAUAAAAAACGACUAUUCGAACAUGAAGUGACCAAUGAUCCUCGACUACUUUUUUGUCCACAAGUGAAUUGUGAUCAUGUCUUAAUAUUGCCUGAAGAACAAAUAAGUUUUACAGAACAAGCAAUAACCUGCACACAAUGUCAAACGACUUUCUGUCUUAAAUGUCGUUGUCAAUGGCAUCCAAAUCAGCCGUGUUCUGAUUUAAUUACACCGGAUGAAAUGAAUGCUGAAUCAAAUAUAAAACGUUGUGCACGAUGCCGUUUUCCUCUCGAACGGACUCAUGGCUGUGCACAAAUGACGUGCAUCAAUUGUAAACAUAUGUUCUGUUGGUAUUGUUUAAAAUCGUUAGAUAAUGAUUUUUUCUUGUUGCAUUAUGAACGCGGUCCUUGUCGAAAUCGACUUGGUCAUUCGCGUGUCUCCUUACUGCUUCAUCGUCUUCUAGUGAUUGGUUUAUUUAUUAUUUUAACUAUGCUUGUUAUUUUAGCUUCACCGUUACUUAUAUUGAUUGCACCUUGUCUUAUUUGUUAUCGAUAUAAGCAACUGAAAAAUUACUUUAAUAAUUCAACUAUAUGGAGGCGAACUGUUCAAGAAGAAAAUUCAUCAACAACCAAUAACUUCUUUACUUCCAUCGUGGAAUGUAAUAUUUCAUCUGUUUGA